AAGUAACUCGUAACCUUACAAAUAACUUCAGUUUUCAGAUGAUUCCAACGACUAAGAUAUCUCAUUAUUGGAUACAUGUCCGGACUGUGGGGUAUUACAAUUUCUGUUACUUUUUGAACUGGUCCAAAUGAUAAUUUCUCCAUAGCUUUGACUCUAACAAAGCUCAAUGAGAUGUGUAGUAGCUACUUAGUCAGUCUCCUACUCAUGACCUAUCUAACCGAGCCAGUCGCAAAGGACGAAUAGCGAAAUACUAUGAUGUUCAGUAGCUUAACCCAAACGCCACUGCAUAAAUUUUUUCAUAUUGAGUGGCUGGAAGUACAGAUCACUGGAAAAAAAACCUGCAGUCCGGCACUCUUUAGCUUCUUUGGUAUAUGCUCGAAGAUGUCGUGAUCGUUAAGUUUCGCAUACUUCGUCCAUUUUUAUGAUCUAGCUUCUUCCAUCUGGUAUGUCUGGUAGUUCUGGGGUAAUAGACUUACAUCUGGCUUGAUUUCUAAUGACUCAGUAAGGUUACUACUACAGACAUGUUUUCACUAAGCUUCAUGACCGUUUCCUAGUUAACGGCGCCAUGGUCUGUAGCUCGUAAGCUUUUGGACUAGCCUUCAAAUUUGACGGCAAAAGGUUUCCGAAUCUUUGAGUGUCAUUGAAUCCUCUCCGUUCCUUUCAUGCUUCGAACAGUGAUUUGGCUUCUUGAAUGAAUUUAAAUUAUGAAUAUGCCUCUAAAGUAUAAACCUCGUUCGACGAUCAAGGCUAUUUUCAUGCUGAAUUACAGUCUGUAAUGUUGGAUACAGUGUACAUAAGCAAAACAUCCCUCUUCUCAUCCCCGCAGCGACGUUUUCAAUCAGCUCAAAAUACUAGUACUAGUAUGAAGCUUGUAUCUCCUAGCUCGUCUUCUAAAAGCUAUCUAUCAUUCAUUAUAGUCAUAACUUUAGAUAAAAGUACAUUCUCAAAUAAGCAUAGUCUGCAAAAGUUUUCACGCACUUAUGAGCAAUGCCAUAUUGCACUACUGGAGAGGAAACACAUAAAAGACCUACGUUUCCCAGCUUGCAAGAGAUUCUUUCUUCUUCAGCCAACAAUCUUCUGAUCAUUUUUACCAUUUACAAAAGUCAAACUUUUGAAAUCUGUAUCACUGAUAUAUUGAUUGUCCGAUCUUAGUUGCUCAAGAUCAAUCAUUUAUUUAACUCUUCUUACUUACCACUUAUCUUAUUUAUUUUCAAGAUGUCUCUCCUACCUCCUUCCUCCCUUCCUCCCUCCUCCUCCCCCCUCCUCCCUCCUCCUCCCUCCCUCCUCCUCCUCCUCCUUUCCACCUUCCAGUCCUCUGCCCCGUCCUCCUGGUCCUCUCUUCCUCCCUUCCUCCUCCCGCCUCUGUCGAUGAGCUAUCGGCUUGGCUUCCACCUCCAUCAAUGAGGUGGUGAACAAGAUACUGCCUGUCAAGGCAUACGUCUUCAUCUCAAUUGACUUGGAGGCAACCACGCACGAGUUCAACUGCUAUGCCAAUGGCAAGGUUUAUCCUCGCUCAACGCCAACGCAGAUUGGCAUCUCAAUCCUCCGUGCGACCGGAGACAACGCGGCCCUUUACGCGAAGGAUUCGUGUUCGGAAGCUGGCACCGAAUUCCGCCACAUCUUCAUCAAGGAAUUCAAAAAGUACAGGACCAGAGUUGGAAAGCUCAAACAAGGUGAAAAGGUCGCCUUUCAAUACGGCCGCACCGAGUUUCACGAGCUCGCCAAGGUCAAUGGGCUGAUCAAAAAGCUCAUUGACGAGGAGUCCAAAUAUGGACAAGUGGUCUUGGUUGGUCAUGCCAUCCAGAAUGACCAAGCCUUUUUGGAGAAAGCGGGGAUCGACGCCUUCGAUCGUUUCUUCCCGGACGCCAUUGAUACACAGGCGAUCCAUCUCGAGCCGGGAAGCAAGAACGGCCGAAGUCUCCUCAACUUGGUCUGGGAAUACGACCCUUACGUCCAGCCUGGAUGGGAGCACAACGCUGGCAACGAUGCCGCGUGGACGUUGUGGGUCUUGGCAAACAAGCUCCCAGACAUUCUUAGGGUCUCGGAUUCUGGCGAGGAGAUGAUCAUCGACUCGUAUAAGAAGCUCAGAUUCCCUUCAAGAAUGAGCAGACAACGCCGUCUUUACGAGGAUCAAGAUGACGUUGAAGAGACGGCAGGUUGGGGGAUUGAGAAUUUGAAACCCCCCUCUGCUUGCGAUUCAUCGUCAUCUUGGUAGAAGAGUUGAGGCAUUUAUCCCUCGCUAGAUGAAGCUUGUCUGUGGUUCUUGGUGUUCCUUGGUUGUUCUUGGUGGUCUUCGGUGUUCCUCUGGUCUUUGGUUGCCCUUAGUGGUUUUUGGUGGGA